CCUAUAGGUAGCCCUUUUUCUGGCGCCAUGGCCGCCCCACCCAGUCGCAAGCCAAGCCGGAAACGACUUCAAACCAAUACCAGCCUCCCGCAGCUUCAGGCUACGAGCACCAGGUUUGAGGGCGUCAAAAAUGGCUUGGCCGGCAGCAAAUCGCUACCACAGAUGCCAUUGUUGCGACAGCAAGAAGCCAAUACCUUGCACACCGAGCAGAAAAGUCGCACCUGCAGUGGCUUCUUCGUCCCACUGCCGCAGCUGCAGCAUGCGCCGUUGCCGCAUUUCCAACAACAAGCCCUGAAGAUUCUCGGUGAACGUCUUGCCCGUGGCGCUACCGAUGGCUAUGGAUGGGGCGAAAAGAGGCAGAGCACCAUUGCACGCGUUGCGAAGCUGGCAAACGCUUCUCCCGCCGUGAUGCCCGGUGUUUGGAGGUUGGAAACGCGUGCAGGAAUCUAUACAGACCUGGAACGAGAUCUGGAAGUGAAGACAAUGAAAGAAACUACUGCACGCUGGAAACCAACUGCCGACAUGGCCGAGCUCGAGGCUGAAGAGCUGAAGCGCCUGGAGAAGGUAAAUCAGCGCCGGGCGAUUCAACGGCCUGUGGUGCACCUUAGUAUGUGGGAUCGCAAGAACUGCCAAAACACCGCGCUGGCGGGCGACAAGCAGUACGUGGCCCAGUGCCUCAGCAAGGUCUCAGAAGAUGAAGCUGCCAAACUGGCACGCACACAAGUCUUGCGGGACAAGUGGUUCCAGAGUGUCUUCCAGCCCAUGCCAGGCCAUGUCAUUAGCAAAGAAAUUUUGCAACGGAUGCCUCCUCCAACCAUGCAAGCAGAGGCAGAAGAAACGAGGUCUCAGUGUGUAAAUGAGCAUGAGGAAGAGGAUGAAGACAAUGAGGAGUUCAUCUUCGAACAGGUGGAGAUUACCAGCAUCAUCAACUGCUGUCGAAGUUUUUUCGUCUUGGGUCGAGACAGUGGGCCUGAAGUCCUAACGCGUGCGGCGUUUUGUCGCAUGGCCUGCGCCUUCGAGGGCUUUCGCUCGCAGGGGAGACCCUGGCUGAAGCGAUCGGUUGCCCAUUUCGAUCGUUUGUGCAGCAAGAUCGUCGUGCAAAGCGAAGGGACCACCUUAGAGGUCCUCGGAAUGCGAAUGCCGGAUGUCCAAAGUUUGGCAAACUUCGGUGGUGAGGUGACCAUUUUGGUCCUUUUUCGCUGCUUAUUGCAGGACAUGUUAGAUGAUAUGGGCUGGGUGGAAGCUCGACAGACCCCCAGCCGCCGAAGCAGUAUGAAGCGGAACCUGCGAAACUGGUUCUUCGAGUCCUUACUGCCCUCAGCGCAAGACUAUGCGCACGCGCGACAGGAGGUCUUGAAGGCCCGCAUUGAUCAAGCAAAGCCUGAUGGUCUCGCUGAGGUUGAGGAGGAGGAAGCACCGGCCGCUGGACCGCUGCCGGACGACGCGGACGCGGACGACGCGGACGCGUCGCCUGUGUCGCCUGUGCCGACCAUUCGAGUGGUGAGCGAAGAUGACCCGAGACCCGAGGAGUCAGCAGUGCAGGCUCAGGAGGUUGUGCCGGAAACCACGGUUGUCGAGCCAGAAGUGGAAGAGAAAGCAGAGCUUCAAGCGGAGGGGGAAGUGACCGAAUUUCCUGAUCUUCACAUGAAUGAGAAGAACGAGCUCUAUGCGCACACCUUUGUGGUACAGAAAGGUGAGAAUUUGCUGUGCCAGUUGAUGGAGCCUGAGGUGAUGUGCCUCCUGCCGCAGCUGAGUGAUGUGUUCUUCAAGCUAUUUGAGGCAUAUGCCGAUCUUCCCAUGCCUGAUGGUAGCGGCAGCAUGAGUCUGAAAGGACUGCUGCGUUGCUGCAGCGACUUCGAACUUUUUCCGGAUCGGGUCGACUACAAGACCGUCCUGUGGAUUUAUAACUUUGCAGAAGGCUGUAGCGAAGUGGAGACACCCUCCGAGCAGCCCAAAAGCAAGCCGCCGCCGAGUCGGGGCCGGGAUGGCUCCAAGAGGAGCGAGAGGAGAUCCAACAAGCUGCUCAACAGGGGAAGUGGCCGGAUGAAGCGGAGCCUCCUGAAGGCUAGCUCCAAACAGAUGGAGAAAGGAGACACCUCGACAUGUAUUCUAUACCAUGGCAAGUGGAUCAAGGAGCACCUCAUUUGGAUGACCAAAACCCCUCAGGAGAUGUCAGCCUCGGAGUUACGGGCAAUUGGGAUUUUGACGCCAACGGCCAAGUGGAUGGAAUGCCAAUGCCUCACCGCGAAAGAACUGCUGGUCUACUUCGACGACGAUGGCAACGGCGCCCUGAGUGCGGACGAGCUGGGCACGGCCUUGCAGUUCAUGAGCUUCGAAGAUCCGCCCACCAAGGAAGACAUUGAAGAUGUUUUCAUGAAGUUGUUACCUCCGAAGGCCGUGGAGCUGGACCUGGAAAUCAUCGGCAUGGCGAUGACGGCGGUGAGCAAAAAAGAGGAGCACAGCAGUGUCGCCUACUGCGUCAUGGUCAAGGACAUCGCCAAGAUGAACAAAGAACAGUCCAACGCAGCAAUCUUCUUCCGCGAAAUGGUUCAGUACAUGAAGCCGCUGGGGGCUGAUUCCCGGGCGACUGGGACUAGCACGCACGAUCUCUUCGUGAAACUGGAUGAUCAGAAGCUGGGAGCCCUUACGGGGCGUGAGAUCACCGAAGGCUUUCGCUGCCUGGUGACCGUCAUGGGACAGGCCAGUCCCGCCUUUGAAAUCGACAACGCCUUUUUGCUGCACGACCCACAGGGUCUGCAGAAGUUCACCAAAACCGACUUCGUGAAGUUGAUGGCGCAGGUGAGACGGGCGGAACGCUAUCGCGCCCAAUCGAAGCAUCCUCAUCCCAUCUUUCUGACCACAGAAUCUGCGCAGGGAUCGAACAAGUCCAAGAAGGUCUUUGGUCCUGUGGCGUUUACGGAAUGCAUGGUGAAGAUCGGCCUGGAAUACUUGAGCUACCACGGCAACCUCACGCAGCAGGCGCUCCCAGCAUAUCAGAAGCUGGUUUGGCUAUUUGCCUUCCUCACAUGGUCCUUCGAUUCGGCGCAACAGCGCUUCGCGGCGCAGCAGAGGCGGCCCGACUCGGAGGGAUCCCGAUGUGGCUCCAGGUGCUCCGAGAGGUGCGGGAACGCGGAGACGGGUGGCUGA